UUCCAUGGCACGCCUGGAUAUAUCGGCAAACGACGACGCGAAGGCGACUAGAUUGCAGCGAGAGCCAGUAGCGAAGAAGAGCAGAGCGCGCCGCCAAACCGGAAACACGGGACCGGAUUCCUAAGAUUGAUCUCGCUCGAAUUUUUCGCAUUUUUCGCGAGGUCGCGUACCCGAAGGGUUUUUGACACCGGGGCAUCGGGUCUGUGCGAUUAGCCGGCCACCACACGGUGGGGUUGGUUGGUUUUGUUUUCUGUCUCUCUUUCUGGAGAGGUAGGAACGAGUGUGCCAACGAGUGGUUGUUGUUUCACGUGUGUGCCAUCUCGGAUAUGCGAUUUUUGGAUUGAAGGAACAACUCGAGUUGUGACCAUGCUUGCAAGAAACUAUGGGCUGAUCUUAGGGAGUAUUGCCUUGAUAAUUGCUGUGAAUGCAGGACCAGCAUCCAGGAGGAUCGAGAGGGAGGUCUACCCGGAGAUCGAAGCCGACGGGGAUGUCAACCAAUCGCAAGUUUGCAUAGUCGGAGACUUGGUUUAUGGCAUCAACGAGGCAGUUCCCUCCGAGCAGCCAUGUUUGAAAUGCAAAUGUCAGCCUCCUGGAGUUCAGUGCGAGGCUUUACGAUGUGCUAACAAGAAACCAGGCUGUAAAAUGGUACACAGGCCAAAUGAAUGCUGUCCAGACUACCAAUGCGAAUGUGAAUACAAGGGUAGGUUAUACUCCAACGGUGAACGUCUGGAAAUCUCACCUGGUGAUGAAUGCAAAGUAUGCUAUUGCAGAGGCGGCGAGAUCAAAUGUGCAGAUCUAUCUUGUUACGUCCGAAACGACUGUGAAGGAAAGCAAGUACCUGGCCAGUGUUGUCCUAAGUACGACCAUUGUCCAACAAGAGACUCUCUGGAGAAAGGCGUAACCAACGCCACCUUCAGUCUAAACCCGGCAACACCCGAAGAAAACACCUUCACAAACAAACCAACCACCAACGUCGAUCUUCAACCACCACAAGAUGUCGACAACAAGAUCCAACCGGACGUCGUCGAUUCCCUGCAGAAUUCCAAGAUCACCAUCCAAGAGAUAAUACCGGAGAUCUUGGAGAUACCCAUCACCUCCAACCCCAAGGAGGAACAGAAGGCAGAGACGCAAGGAAAGCUGAUAAUCGAAGAGACCAAGGCUACUGAAGAGAAUGAUCUGUUUGUAACUGACUCAGAAGCUGAAUCCAGUGAGUUGACAGAGGUGAUACAAAGUCCUCCACCUGUCAUCAGGAUUGGUGACAAUUUGUUGUACCUCAAGAGGAACGAGCUGGUAAACGAAAAAGAUGCAAGCAGCACUCCUUCCUCAAUCAUAACCCUGUUUGGAGCUGAAGGACUUCAAAGGGGAGGCAUCGAGGAAGUAGAAAACGCCACUAAUCUAGAUGCUUCUACUUCAUUCUCCCAAGAUCCACCAACCACUUCGGAAGAACGAAAUAACGAUCUGCUACCAGCAAGUUCAACACAUAUACUGUCUCUGGUAAAGAAGAAGAAGAAACCUGCCACUUCUCCACCAACAUCACCUCCUAGCAACCCUACCACAACCAUUCCUUCGGUGUCCGAAUCCUCAGAAACCCAAACUUCAUCGUCAACUGAAGAUUCAACACAAACUUCAACUGUAAUCUUCGUUGAACCUGAAAAUGUGACUGAGGUUCGUUCAAGCUUGAGUGUUAACGCAACUGAACCUUCAGUCAGUGAUCAAACUAUCAUUUUGGAACUGGACGUGAACCCUGCGUAUCCAACACAACCAGAAGACGUCUGGUUAAAGCCUGAAAUGGAUCAGAUCGUGAACCAAACGAUACCCAGAGAGAACCAAGAGAAGAAGUUCAAAAUACUGCCGGAAGUAUUGGAAAUACGGAGCAACAAGACCAUACCUGUAAAUUCUACUCACACGGAAUGGUUGAAAGAAAUCGUCGAGGAGUUCACUCCUAUGAUCAACCUGAAUGCUGCUCUUCCUCCUGAGAUCCUAAACGCCCCUUCAGAAACAGACCAAGCAGAUGUUGAAGAUGAUAUUGUUUCAACUACAACCAGUACUUCUGGACCGGAUAUUGACUCGACCCAAAAACCUGAAAUGGACCCAAGUUCUAAGGCAGGUAACCUAACAGAUAUCUCGCAAACUGAUACGUCAAGGUCUAUCGAAAGCUUGGAAACCUCAGGGGAAGACACUGGAGAACAAACGACCUCAGAAACUAACGCAGCACUUACGUCAAAUGAAGAUGCCAGCGUUGCAGACGAUCCUAAAAGCUCUGAGGUGGACGAUAUGCUCUUCGUCAAAGAAUACACCGUGGACCUGUCCAACGACGAAGAGAAAAAAGCCAGAGAUGAGAAGGUAAGCUUGGAGAUACCCAAGGAUGGGCCCAAAGUCACUGACGUUGAGAUGAUUGACGUCUCAGAGCUUGAAAAGAACAAAACUUCAACACCAACGGAGCGUGCACCUCCUGAGAAAGUAACAUCUAACAGAACCAUCACUAAGAGGGCUAACGAUGACAGUUCCUUGGACCAAUCAGUUUUUGCUGAACUGAAUCAGGAGCUGGGUUUAGGAAGUACAGAAAAACCCAAGACUCCACAGGAGGAAGAAGCAGAAGCCCGCAAAGUGUUCCAAGAGCUUCUGGAUGAAACCAGCACUCCAAAAUCUAACAUUCCGCCAGGAACGAAGACUAAAGAAGCCGAGUCCCUGGAGAAGGUCAGUCAAGCUUUGGCGAAAUUGGCUGUCAGAGGAUCACAACCUUUAGAUGCUGGAGUAUUGGGUGCCCUUAGAGAUUUCUUCAGUUCGCAAUAUAAGGCAUACGAGAAAAACGCCCAAUGAAGUGGUCCAACGGUUUUAGGAGAAGGUUCUAUGGACGAAACUGAUAGCCGUGCGGCAAGAGAUGGAGCUAGACGCACGAAGCGUUAGUUAACUAUAGUUUGUCUUUAUCAUUUCCUCUGUCUCUCCCUCCCUCUGUAUAUUCCUGAUAAGUAGAUGGUUUCCGAUUGGAUCCAGAGAAACUGGAGGUUUCUCUUCGUCCACCGUAAGAAUUAAGUAAUAAGCAACACGAGAAGAACUGAUAAAUUACGUAAACCUUCCCAAGUUCGGAAAGAAACCAAAAGACUCGAUUCUGGAGAUAUUCCAAAAAUGUAUUUAUUGAGAAUAAUAUGGUGGACAUCUACUCAGCCAAUGUUGCUCAAUGAAAAGGUUUCAGGGUAAUUAGGAAAGCUAUUAUUUAUUGUCAAACGCUCUGAAGCUAGGCAGGAGUAUAUGCCCACCUAUUGUGGAAGUAAUUGUUUGAAAUGUUGGUCUCUUCCUGUAUUGAAUAAUUUAUUAAUAAAAAUAGAUGUAUCAUGUUGAUUCAUUCCAACCAUCUAAA